UUGGGGACAGGAAAUAGAAUCCCCAAUUUAACGACCAAUGACCCAAUGAUAUGCUUAGCCUACUUGUUAAGAGGCCCAACAUAGUCUACAAGGAGUAGGGUUCGCCCAGAAGCGCAAAAGCCUUACCGUCAUUCAGAAUCGAGUGCCUACAGACUUCGACGCCGUCUCCCUUCAGUUAUUGCCGAAAAAUGUCGGUCGGAGAAAUCGCUUGCACCUACGCCACUCUGAUCCUCCACGAGGAAGGCAUCCCCGUCACUGCGGAGAAGAUCGCCACGAUCGUGAAGGCGGCCGACGUUCAGGUGGAGUCCUACUGGUUUAGCCUCUUCGCCAAGCUCUGUGAGAAGAAGAACAUCGAUGACCUCAUCACGAACGUAGGUGGUGGCGGUGGUGGUGCUGCGGUUGCCGUUGCUGCCCCGUCCGCUGGUGGUGCCGCUGCCGCUGCUGCUCCUGCCGCUGAAGAGAAGAAGGAGGCCGUUGAGUCCGAGAGUGAAGAGGAAAUGGGACUGGGAUUGUUUGAUGACUAGAGUCUAAAGUUUCUUUGAAAUGUUAGCUUAUGGUUUGCAGACAUUUUUGAUAAGUUUAUCAUACUCAUAUCUCAUAUCGAGAACUUAUGAACCCUGUGGUUGAUAUUUCCAUUAAUAUCUACGUGAAUCUAAUUUUUUAUGAGGAUAUCUGACAGUUUUCAGCUUUUCUCUGGUAAUGCAAAUCACAAAACACAUUGUUGUAUAUGCUUUCUUCUGUGAUCCUCUCUUGUGGUUUGAUGAUUUUGAUUUGGGUAUCGAUAUAUUGG